UUGUAGCGUCAGCAUUGCGUCAAUUUGGCCAGCAGCCGUGUCUGCAGCUGGAGCGGACAGACUGGGAGGACAGCAGAGCAGGAGGCUUCCUACCAGAGGAACAGUAAGAGCAGCAUCAGAAAACAGAGAGGAUUCAGCACCUUGGACAGCGGAGCCAGCAAGAUGGCUCCAGUCACUUCCAACACCGGGGAGGCUUACGAUGAAAUCCCGGCGAUGGUCGGACUCAUAAGCGCCUUCGGCCUUGUCUUUACCGUGUCGCUUUUUUCUUGGAUCUGCUGCCAGCGCAAGUCGUCCAAGUCCAACAAGACCCCGCCUUAUAAGUUUGUGCACGUGUUGAAAGGAGUCAACAUUUACCCGGAAAACCUAAACAGCAAAAAGAAAUUCGGGGCGGACGAAAAAACAGAACUGUCUCCUAAAUCGUUGAUAUCAAAGACAUCUCUCCACCUCGACUUGGAGAAAAGGGACUUGAACGGCAAUUUUCCCAAAGCCAAUAAAGUCAGAAGCUCUCCAGAUCUCGAGGAUAUUUCACAACCUCAAUUACCGGAGAAAGACAAAGAAUCAAUCUCUCCGGAGAGCGUCAAGUCCAGCUCAUCGCUUUUUGUAGACAAACAAGAUAAGCUGGGAACGCUCUUCUUCUCCUUAGAGUAUAACUUUGAGAAGAAAGCUUUUGUGGUCAACAUCAAGGAAGCCCGUUCACUCCCGGCCAUGGAUGAGCAGUCGAUGACUUCCGAUCCAUACAUAAAAAUGACCAUCCUUCCGGAGAAAAAACACAAGGUUAAAACACGAGUCCUCCGGAAGACCCUAGACCCGGCUUUCGAUGAGACAUUUACGUUUUAUGGAAUUCCCUACAGUCAGGUGCAAGAUUUGGUCCUCCACUUCAUAAUCCUGAGCUUUGAUAGGUUCUCGAGGGAUGACGUCAUCGGGGAGGUCCACUUUCCCCUGUCGGGAAUUGAACUGACGGAUGGAAGAGUGUUGAUGAACAGGGAGAUCAAUAAAAGGAAUGUCCGGAAGUCGGCAGGACGUGGAGAAUUGCUGAUCUCUCUCUGUUACCAGUCUACUACAAACACCUUAACAGUGGUGGUGCUGAAGGCGCGUCACCUCCCCAAAGCUGACACAUCAGGAUUGUCAGACCCAUAUGUGAAAGUGAACCUGUACCAUGCAAAGAAAAGGAUUUCUAAAAAGAAAACUCACGUGAAGAAAUGCACCCCCAACGCCGUGUUCAACGAACUGUUUGUGUUUGACAUUCCUUGCGAAGGCUUGGAAGAUAUAAGCGUGGAGUUUCUGGUGAUGGAUUCAGACAGGGGUUCCAGGAACGAGAUUAUCGGUCGAUUAAUCCUGGGGGCUUCAGCAGAUGGAACAGGUGGAGAGCAUUGGAAGGAAAUCUGUGAGCAUCCUCGAAGACAAAUUGCCAAGUGGCACAUGCUGUGCGACGGUUAGCAGCUGAGAAUUCAACGGACUUUCAGCGCCAUCUUUUUAUUUAUUUAUUUAUUAUUUUUUUUAAUUUAUAAGCCAUGUGAAAUAA